AAAACAGCUACUUAUUGGAAGGGAUGAGUGUAGCGUUAGGUGAGUUGACUGUCGCCGAAUUUUUUAGAAAUGGGAUGGACUUGCCAACAGGGCUAGUCGGUUGCUAGUUCUUCCAGAGUCAUUGUUGAUAGCUGAAUCAUUGGACUUUCGUGGCGCUGUUGUUGAGUUUGAAAAAAGAGAGCAGUUUGAAUGCUUUUUUCUGGGCUUACGACGAGUGAAUGUGAGGGAUUUGUCACAUCCACAUUUCCAUCAUAUUCGUGUUUUUGAUAAUAAGGGGUCAAUAAGUGUUGAAGAAUCCAAGUUCAAAAGGAGUUACGAGAAUGAGGGUGAUUAUGCGUAUGCUAAAUUUGGAUGGUGUAUAUUUUAUGUUUUAAAUGGCGGGACAGAAGGGACUGAUGAUGUAAGUACUAAAGCUGUAGAACCUGCAGAACCAGCUGAGUUGUCUGACGAAAAACUUCAUGAACCAUCAUCAGUUUCAGAAGUAAAACUUAUAUAUCUGGCUUUACUUUUUAAUCUGCUUUUAUCACAAGAUAACAAUACCACUUAUUCAUUUGUUCUGAAGGACAUAAUGAGAAUACCAGACGAAGAUCAGGACAUGGAGAUUUCACAACCUCAGUUUUCACAAGCAGAAACAUUAUUUGCAUCAGCGGAAAGCAGUUCGACCUCAAAAGAUGCAGUUGUUAAGGGCGAAGAGAAAUCCUCUGAUCUUGCUAAGAUAGAACGCAAACGCAGAUGGAAGGAAACUUCAUCCCCUCAUGAUGACAAUGACAAGGAUGUGAUCACUGUGUCCGCAGCGGAAACAAAUGAUGGAGCAACAGACGAAAAGGAAGACUCUGAUAAGUCAGAAACUGAGGAUAAGCCGUUGUUGGAUAACGCCUUUGAGGAAAAAGAGCCGGUAAUGGUAACCGAUGAUAAAGAUGAAGAGCUUGAUUAUGAAGAAGCAUUGGAACACGCCUCACCUGCUUCAGAAACGUUGAAAAGUGCAAAGCCAGAGGACGAGGAACUUGUGAAAAAGAUGAAGCUUGAAGAGGCUGAUGGAAAUGAUCAUCCGUCAGAGUAUGAUAGUAGACAAGGAAGGUUAGUAUUAAAAGAAACUGGUGAAGCUGUCGCGGUUCAAGAAAAACAUGAUCUAUUGGAAGAUGGAUCGAAACACCGCAGAGUUUCUCCAGCACGAUAUCCCGUUUCUGAGUAUUUAUUAAUAAGACAACUAACGAGACCAUUUACUGUGAAACAAUUAAAAGCAAUGCUGGGAAAUUAUGGUGCGCUUGAUGAACAGGGAUUUUGGAUAGAUAACAUCAAGUCCAAAUGUAUUGUGAAGUACUCGUCCAAGGAAGAAGCAGUCGUUGCUCGAGGCAGUCUUCAUAACCUUGUUUGGCCUGUCGGUAAUCCCAAGGAACUAAAAGUUGAUUUUAUUGAUGAAGCUGGAUUCGAGAGGUUUAGUAAACCAGAUGUUAAGAAGGAAGCAAAAGAUCGGGAAAAUGGUAAUUCAUCUACUGCGCAGCCGUCAGCGUCUUUACGAAUAUCCGUUGGAAGUGAACAACGUUUAGUGUCGAAGAAGUCUGAAUCCCAAGAUAACAAUAUAGACCCGGUGCACAGCACUGCAAAUCGAGAAAAGUCACCUCGUACAAGGCAUGAAUCUGGACACCGACGUAGUGGCUCUACAAGAAGAGAAGAAAAUGUACGAACGCCAACUGAUCGUCACAAAAAUGAAAUGGAAGGAAAGGCUAAGACUGCCGAUGAGUUAUUCCAGAAAACUAAAACUCAGCCAGCUAUUUAUUUUGCCCCAUUGACUGACGAACAGUUUGUAGAUAUCCGCAGCAAAUUAGGGGUAUGGGUAAUCUGCGAGGGUUGCUCUCAGUUUCUUCCCUUGCAGAUCAUGGAACGGGCGAAACAGAAAAACAACGAAGCAGAGAGCUCUACCGUGAAGCGUAAUGCCCAGACGCGAGAAGAAAGACACAAGGAUGAAUCAGAAAAGGAUGGGAAGUAUCGUAUCUCUCCAUGGAGGCGUCAGAAGUCACCCGUCGCUCAGAAACGGCGCCGUCCUUCCCGGUCGCGUUCACCUCGCAGGCCAUAA